GGUGAUGAUGAUGGUGAUGAUGAUGGUGAUGAUGAUGGUGAUGAUGAUGAUGAUUGUGAUGAUGAUUGUGAUGAUGAUGGUGAUGAUGAUGAUGGUGAUGAUGAUGAUGAUGGUGAUGAUGAUGAUGAUGAUGAUGAUGGUGAUGAUGAUGAUGAUGGUGAUGAUGAUGGUGAUGAUGAUGGUGAUGAUGAUGGUGAUGGUGAUGAUGAUGAUGAUUGUGAUGAUGAUGGUGAUGAUGAUGAUGAUGAUGAUGGUGAUGAUGAUGAUGAUGAUGAUGGUGAUGAUGAUGAUGAUGAUGAUGAUGAUGAUGAUGAUGGUGAUGAUGAUGAUGAUGGUGAUGAUGAUGGUGAUGAUGAUUGUGAUGAUGAUGAUGAUGAUGAUGAUGAUGAUGAUGAUGGUGAUGAUGAUGAUGAUUGUGAUGAUGAUGGUGAUGAUGAUGGUGAUGAUGAUGGUGAUGAUGAUUGUGAUGAUGAUGAUGGUGAUGAUGGUGAUGAUGAUGAUGAUUGUGAUGAUGAUUGUGAUGAUGAUGAUGGUGAUGAUGAUGAUGAUGGUGAUGAUGAUGAUGAUGAUGAUGAUGAUGAUGAUGAUGAUGAUGGUGAUGAUGAUGAUGAUGAUGGUGAUGAUGAUGGUGAUGAUGAUGGUGAUGAUGAUUGUGAUGAUGAUGAUGAUGAUGAUGAUGGU